CGCCCGGCAAUCGGACCGUGUAUUACGGCGUAAUCGAGUCGGUCCGUGUCUGCCUAUUUUCUUAGGUGACCAUGGCGACCGCUUGGCUCUGGCUGCUCCUUGUCCUGGGUCUUUCUGGAAGUUCCUGGGGACAGGGCUCUCUCCCCAUGUUCACAGCGGUCACGGAGAUGCUGCUGCCGCACGACAGCCAUAACAACCCCACUCAGCUUAACUAUGGGAUGGCAGUGACGGACGUGGAUGAUGACGGGGACCUGGAGGUGGUAGUGGCUGGGUACAAUGGACCAAACCUGGUGCUGAAGUAUGACAAAAAUGAGAAGAAACUGGUCAACAUUGCCGUGGAUGACAGCAGCUCCCCAUACUACGCCCUGCGAGAUCGUCAAGGCAACGCCAUCGGAGUGACAGCCUGUGACAUUGACGGAGAUGGCAGAGAGGAGAUAUAUUUCCUGAACACCAACAAUGCAUAUUCAGGCAGAGCAACAUACUCUGACAAGCUCUUCAAGUUCCGGAACGGGCGAUUUGAGGACCUCCUGAGUGAUGACAUCAAUGGGCCGAGGGGCGUGGCCAAUCGCAUGGCGGGGCGGUCUGUGGCUUGUGUCGACAGGAAGGGGACGGGGCGCUAUGCCGUCUACGUCGCUAACUACGCCAGCGGCAAUGUGGGGCCUCACGCCCUGAUUGAGAUGGACGAGGCCGCCAGCGAUGUCUCCAAGGGGAUCAUCGUCCUCUCUGACGCGGCAAAGGAGGCAGGGGUCAACAAGUUCACAGGUGGUCGAGGGGUAGUGGUUGGGCCAAUCAUCAGUGAGACACGCUCAGAUAUCUUCUGUGACAAUGAGCAUGGGCCCAACUUCCUUUUCCAGAACAACGGCGACGGAACCUUCACUGAUGUGGCAACUGAAUCGGGAGUCGAUGACCGCAUGCAGCACGGUCGAGGAGUGGCCCUUGCCGACUUCAACGGGGACGGGAAGACGGACAUCGUUUACGGCAACUGGAACGGGCCGCACCGCCUGUUUCUGCAGCUCAGCACCAAUAGCAAACCGAGAUUUAAGAACAUCGCUACUCAGAAGUUUGCUACACCUUCUCCUGUGCGCACCGUUAUUGCGGCGGACUUUGACAACGACAGACAGCUGGAGGUCUUCUUCAACAACAUCGCCUACAGGGGGUGGUCACCCAACCGGCUGUUCAGGGUGUCCCGGAGAGAAGAUGCAGACCCUCUGAUCGAAGAGCUUGACGUGGGGGAAGCUGAUGAGCCUCAGGGUCGUGGGACAGGGGGGACAGUGACAGACUUCGACGGGGACGGGCUGCUGGACCUGCUGGUGGCUCAUGGGGAGAGCGCUGCCCAGCCCAUCUCUGUCUUCAGAGUGAACCAGGGCUCCACCAAUAACUGGCUGAGAGUGAUCCCUCGAACCCAGUUUGGUGCCUUUGCCCGUGGGGCCAAAGUGGUGGUCUAUACCAAGACGAGUGGCCCCCAAACCCGCAUCAUUGACGGGGGGUCUGGGUACCUGUGUGAGAUGGAGCCCGUUGCUCACUUUGGAUUGGGGCAAGACAUGGCCACCACUGUGGAGGUGUACUGGUCAGAUGGUCGCUAUGUGGCACGCCCACUCAAUGCCAGUGACAUGAACUCUGUCCUGGAGAUCCCCUACCCACAGAAUGAAACAGGGGGGACGGUAGCCACAGAGAUAGAGUGUGGGGAUGGGUUUGCUGUGAAUGAAAAAGGUCGCUGUGCAGGUACUGUAGCCUAACACAUGGUGGGAGAUCUGGAAGCAUGUUACACCACAACACCGUUAAAGGCCUUAAAUAAAUCGUCUUGUGCUCUUUUUCGUGCAAAUCACACCAGAGAUCCUGACAUGACUGUCUUUACA